UGAGUGUAUAUAUAUGUCAAAAAUUUUCAACGGCGGUAUUGUUUGUAUAAAAAGUGUUACUUUCCAGUGAGAGUUUUAUAAACUGCAUUGUUAUUUUGUAGAAGUUUCCUCAGUUGCAAGUAUUGUUUUCGAAGGCUAAAGAAUGGAACAGGUUGAAGCCUUACUCGAUGCGGAAUCAUUCCAAAAAUUAAAAGCUAAAAAAAUUGAUGAUAUUUCCUUGGUGCUUCUGAAAGACACCGAUUUGAGAGAUAUCGGUAUAAACGAGAAAGGACCUCGGAUGGUCAUUUUGCAGAUCAUAGAAAAUCUGAACAGUUCUCAUGAUAACGUUAAUGAUAAGGAGAAUACGACGAAUGUGAUAAUACCUCCAUCAAAACAAAUACUCCGAGAAACGCUCGUUUCAGAUAAUAGUUUCCGACUAAAAGUAUUGCAGCCGGUACUGGAUAGAGGUAACAUACCAGAUAAAAAUGGUAUCAGUUUCCUUACUAGAGUAGCUUGUCAACCAUUCGAAAAACGGAUUAAAGAUGGUCACGUGUAAGUAAAGAUUCUGUUUUCUUCCAGACUAUAUAUUAUAGGUAUUUAUAUCGAGCUCGUUUACAAAUACCCAGCCAUAAAAAUACUCACCUCCAUUGACGAGUAAUGGCAGAUACACUGUUUAUGACUGGUAUUUGUAUACGAGCUCGACCUGAAGACCGUUAUGUGUUUGGUAAAGUAGUAAAAUUUUCGACUCGAAGAUGUUUCAGGGUUGUCGUCCGGCAUUCUUACGACGUGACCGGCCCACCGCAACUCAUUGACUUUCGCCAGGUAUGCAAUGGGGUUCUCUCCAAGCAGCGCGUGCAGCUCAUGGUUCAUGCACUGUCGACAUUAUCCGUCGUCCAUCUGUACUCCACCGUAGAUAGUCCACAGCGUUUUCCGUUCGAAAAUUCCAAGAAUGUUAAGGCCUUCUGUCAUAAGCGUCGUUGUAUCGGUUCCGUAGAGGACUACCGGCCGUAUCAGGUACAUCGUCAACUUUUUGCACUAGACUCGAUCGAAAAGGUCAUGUCCGAGCCAAUAGCCGCACCGCAAUUGGUGCGUACGUUUGUAUGUCUGAGAAGAACGGGCUGUCAAUGAGACCAUGGUCAAUUUGAUUUAUUGUACGUUGGUCAGGUGAUCUCUAAAUAGUUUUGUAGAUAAUGACAGACCUGAAGGGGCUCCAGAUUCGUGGCUUUUUUUUGGCGAAACAGUGGAAUGGAACAGGGUAAACACAGUGGUAUGAUUUACCAAUACCAGCGAUCAAAAAACGUGAACAAAACUACAUCCAUACCAACAGAACUUUUGAGUAAAGCCGAAGUUCUACGCACGUUGGACGCAACGAAAAAUGAUAAAAAAAGGAUUUGUCAGGAAAUGGAGGCAUGUUUCCCUUUGUUAAAAUUUUUGCUCAAUGCAAAGAAAAGUGCAACCGAAAUUCACCAAAUGUUUCCACAUCUAAGUGCAUACAACGGAUAUAUGAUCCGUAAAUCGUUUACUCAACUCUUUCCGUGUUGUGAACCUGAGCCGGAUUUCAAGGGAGUUCUAUCGAAGUGUCUUCUAUACUCAUCCAGUAAAUUCAUGCAAGUUGAGGAUGAAUACAUUAAAGGAUUCCUGCGCAUGUUUUCGAGUAUGCCAAUGCGUGGACUCCGCCGGAGAAUUGACGGUAAAUUAUCAAUUUCCGAAAAGCAAUUGGCGUCGCCUUUCAUUCGUUGGUUAGCACCCAACAUCAGUAUUGCAGAGGAUUUAAAAACAUAUAAAGAAUCUCUUCAAAAUGAACAACCGCAUGUUGUAUGUUCUGCGAUGCCGUUUAAAGCCGGGCCUUUAUUCGUGAUAAUAAACAGAAAUAUUUGUAUUGAUGUACAGUGCUCAAUACAUGCAAUCGAUACACUAUUUAAAUCCUUCGCAGUGUUUGGCAUAGAAAUUCCCGUACACAUGCGUAUGAUGAUGGAUUUUCUGGCGUGCGUAUUGUACAAAAAUAUGAGCCACAGUUCACGGGCAACUGUGAACCGGUUGGUUGCCGCAUUCAACGAAGCCACUAAGGCAGAAGACACGGAAAUGAUUUAAAACAUUUAUAAUAUU